ACACCUGUAUGCCUGCCUGUCUGCCUCCUCCUCUUGAUCUUCCUUGUUUUCAUCUCUUUCCUUCACCACCACUGCCAAUGAGCCAAGGUGUGAGUGAGUCCCCUUAGAGAGCCUCGGGUCGCUAGGGAAGAUUACGCAUCAAGCACCACACUUGAGGGCCCCGAGCACCGCACCAGCCCCGCCACGCAGAACUCGUGUGGCGAAGAGUAAUGCAUUCUCGCGUUUCUUCGUUCCCGACACGGCAAAGAAUCUCUCCCGUUAAGACGCCAGAGGGAGAGUGGAAGGCCAAAGAGGAGACUCGUCGUAGACCGCACGAUGGGGGUCAAAAAUGGGGCGGGGGCGGGCUCCCAGUCCAGCUUAAACGACAUUGCCUCUACGAGUUCAGAGGCGAACCUGGACAUGGUAGAGGCUCCGUCCGACAUCGUACUGACUGAACCAGAGCGAAAGUACCUCCUGUAUGUCCAGCGAGGUGACGUGGCCUCUACCAGACGACACCUGGAGCAGUACAAGGACAAGCCGCAGGAGUUGGACAUUAAUUGCAAGGAUCCUCUCGGCCGCUCCUCCGUUGCUGUUGCCAUCGAGAAUGAGAAUCUCGACCUACUGGAGUGUUUGCUGGAGUAUAAAGUGAAGCCCAAGGACGCCCUUCUCCACGCUAUCGCUGAACAGUAUGUGGAGGGCGUGGAGGUCCUUCUGGCGUGGGAGGAAAAGAACCACAAGAAAGGAGAACCCUAUAGCUGGGAGACCAUGACUAGAGACACUGCUACUUUCACCAAGGACAUCACCCCUCUCAUCCUCGCUGCCCACCACAACAACUACGAAAUCCUGAAGCUUCUGCUGGAUAGAGGCGCGUCCCUACCCAUGCCCCACGACAUCAGGUGUGGUUGUGACGAGUGUCUCAUAUCAACUGAGGACGACUCUCUCCGUCACUCGCUGUCUCGUAUCAACGCGUACAAGGCCCUGGCGUCCCCGUCCCUCAUUGCUCUCUCCUCCAAGGACCCCAUCCGCACAGCCUUCGAGCUCUCCGGGGAACUGCGCCGUCUACAGGGAAUGGAACACGAGUUUAAGACUGAGUACAUUGAGCUACGGAAGCAGGUGAUGAAGUUUGCGACUGAAUUGCUGGACCAGACUAGGACGAAAUCCGAGCUGGCCAUCAUGUUGAACUACGAUGCUGACGGCGACGCGUGGAACGAGGGCGAAGUCAACACCCUGGAGAGACUCAAGAUGGCCAUCAAAUACUCCCAAAAGCCGUUUGUGGCCCACGCCAACGUUCAGCAACUUCUUGGCGCCAUUUGGUACGACGGCCUGCCUGGGUUUCGACGUAAGGACAUGAUCAGUCAGUGUGUCGAGGUGGCAAAGUUGGCAGCAAUGUUCCCUGUGCUCUCCAUGGCUUAUAUGAUCAGUCCUAACUCAGAGAAAGGUCAUUUUAUCAAGAAGCCCUUCGUUAAGUUCAUCACUCACUGCGCCUCCUACAUGUUCUUCCUCAUGCUCCUGGCCCUCGCGUCCCAGCGUAUCGAGUACCUUCUGAUCGAGUGGUUUGGCAACGCUUGGCUUCGCUCUCUUCUCGAGGAAUGGAAGAUGAAAGAACGCGGCUCCUUACCGGGUCCCAUCGAGUUAGGAAUCAUUAUGUAUAUCUCUAGCUUGAUAUGGGCCGAGAUAAAGUCCUUAUGGAACGAUGGCGUCAUGGAAUACAUUAAAGAUCUUUGGAACAUCAUCGAUUUCAUCACCAACUCCUUCUUUAUGACGUGGGUGCUGUUGAGAGCCACCUCCUUCCUCCUGGUGCAGCUUGAUCUGUGGCGCGGGUUGUGGCCUUACUACCCUAGAGAGAUGUGGCACCCCUUUGACCCCAUGCUGCUGUCUGAAGGCUGUUUUGGUGCCGCUAUGAUCUUCAGCUUCCUCAAACUAGUGCACAUCUUCAGCGUCAACCCUCACCUUGGGCCCCUGCAGAUCUCCCUUGGCCGUAUGAUCUUCGAUAUUCUCAAGUUCUUCUUCUUGUACACCCUCGUGCUGUUCGCCUUCGGUUGUGGUAUGAAUCAGCUGAUGUGGUACUAUGCUGAGCUGGAGAUGAAGAAGUGCUACUCUCUCCCUGGUGGCUUGCCGGACACUGAUAAUGAAGACCAGGCUUGCUUCAUUUGGCGUCGAUGGGCUAACCUCUUCGAAACCUCGCAGUCGCUCUUCUGGGCGUCAUUCGGGCUGGUUGAAUUGGACGCCUUCGAGCUGGAGGGUGUAGGGAGCUUCACACGGUUCUGGGCCCUUUUGAUGUACGGCUCUUACUCGGUGAUUAACGUGAUCGUGCUGCUCAACCUCCUCAUUGCCAUGAUGUCCAACUCGUACAACAUCAUCUCGGAACGUUCCGACACUGAGUGGAAAUUCGCCCGGACGAAACUCUGGCUCAGUUACUUCGAGGACGGAGGUACUGUGCCGCCACCCUUCAACAUCAUUCCCACUCCCAAGGGCAUCAUGCGGGCUCUGGGCUUCUCCGGCAAGACCAUGAGGGGCUCCAUCAAGGUCAAAUCUAAGAAGCUUGCGGAACAGCGGCACAUGAACGUGAUGCGUCUGUUGGUGCGGCGCUACAUCACAGAGCAGCAGAGGAAGGCUGACGAGAAGGGCGUGACGGAGGACGACAUUAAUGAAGUGAAGCAAGAUAUCUCCACCUUCAGAUACGAGCUGAUUGACAUCUUGAAGAACAACGGCAUGAACACUUCCAUGGUGAACGCUGAGGACUCCUCUGUGGUAGGCAAGAAGGGGCGAGCCAUGGAGCGGCGUCUCAUGAAGGGCUUCAACAUCGGCAUGGUGGAGGGCAUCAUGACAGAAAUCCUCACGUCUGACAAGAAGCCCAAGAACAUCUUCGGCAAGCUGGCCCGCGCCAUGGGCAAGAAGAAGAAGGAGGACUGGAACGCCAAGGUGUCGCGAGCCUCAUUGCGGCGAGACCAGAUCGGUUCCUCGCAGACCAGCCUUAGGAGAUCCCAGACGUCCAUCAGGCGCCGCAUCCAGCACGAGAACGAGAUGUUGCUCAAGACGCUCAAUCCUGACAAGAUCGUGGAGUACAACCCCAACCUGGAACGCUACACGCCCACCACUCGUGUCGCCUAUGCCAAGUUCAAGGUCAACACUCUCAAGAAGGAGAAGGAGAAGAAGCUGGCGGCUGAGAAGAAGGCAGAGACGCAACAGAAGGCGGGCGCUGCCAACCAGAAACUUCAGGCGGAGAAGAAAGACGACGCAUCCAAGAAGCAGUUCCAGUCCAGGACACCGACGCCACAGCCCCCGGCCAAAUCUCCCACUCCUGAGCCAAGCAAAGCCCCACCAGGCAGGGGCCCCACCUCCCCGGCAUCCAAGCCACCUGGCACACAGCCCCCUAAGCCACCCUCCACUCAGGCCCCUAAACCACCUGGCCAGAUCCCUAAGCCGCCCAGCACCCCAGCUCCCAAGCCUUCUGGCGCCUCCCCUGGUAAGAUAGCCGUUCCUGCCGCCUUCCAGCAACAAGAAGGACAGGUUCAGGCCCCGCCACGUGCCCGCCCGCCACCACAAAGCGCCAGACCCUCAUCUCCACCACCCUCCCAGCCUCCACCCAGCGUUCCUAAGGAGCCUAAGGUGACAAUUAGUCCCGCACCACCAACUGCUGCUCCACCUAAAGCUUCCCCUGCUCCACCCAAGGCACCUACCCCCGCCAAGUCACCCACCCCGUCACUAACUCCAAAGUCUGCCGCCGCGUCCCCCUCUCCCGCCAGCUCAAGGGCCUCCACCCCCGCCAAUGAAGACCCCAUCGCUUCCGGCAAGUCUUCUGUGACUGGGCAAGUCCGAACUGGCUGGUUGUAAGUCCUCAGCUGCCUUCACUUGCUUCACCACACUGCCUCGACUGUGCCCGCUCAAGUCACGCCAGCUGGAGGCCGUGACUGCCAGGUGAGGGAUCAGGGGUGUUAGAUGGACCCUCCUCUUGCCUCUGUCCUCCUGUCACGUAACUAUCGGGCGGAGACGAGAGGUGUGGGGAGGGUCUUUGUCUCGCAUGGCAGUGUAUGGUUGUCUUUUUCAGGUUUACGUUAAGUAUCAUCAAGUUUUGUGACCACAGUAAUGGUAAACACACACACACACACACACACACACACACACACACACACACACACACACACACACACACACACACACACACACACACACACACACACACACACACACACACACACACACACACACUUAUGCAUUUGAUGGCUGUAAAAUUUUGUUCAUAUGUCCCCUAUCAACCGUCUCUUCUCUCUUUUUUCUCCUUCUCCGUCAUCAUCUGGCUCUAUCUGUCCUCUGUACGUCACCCCGCCAGCCUCUACACGCUCACUUCCGUUAUUUAUGUUGUGUUUGACUGAAUUCACUGUUCUUACGUGUUUCUCUGUUUAGGUUGACGUAAAACUUUGCAUGCACUUAUCUCUUGACUUUUUAUCUCUCUUGAUUCACUGAUUUGCAUGAUAUUGGAUGUUUCGUGUUUUAUCAUUUAGUUCCAUAUCUUUUUUCUUAGAUGAUCACCAGUGAGGUUACAAUGCAUGAUGUAUCUGUUAGUGAUGGUGAUGCUGGUGGUGGUGGUGGGGAUGUGCAUGUACUAUUAUGAAACGGUAACCUCACUUGGUAGUUUUUAGCUGUAUGUAAUGUAUAUAUUUUUAUACAGUUACCCAUGUAAAUGCCUCGUUCUCUCCUUGUACAAUGGAAAAAAGAAAACGGUAACAUGGGCUGCAGGGGAUGUAAUACUAACUUAAAAGCCCAUGGCCUGGUGACUAAGUUGGGAGGCAGUGUAUAGCAGAUGUAAGUUCCUAUUGAUUGGUGAGAGGAUGGUGCAUGAGCUGGGUUAGGUUAUGCUGGUGAGGAGACAAUAUGAGAGAGACUAGUGACCGUACCGUCUUUUUUCUUCCCUAAUGCAUUCAUUUUUGCAUGUAUAUAAGAUGCUGGACUGAUGUGACUUCUUGCAAGCGUUAUUUACGUUUUACACGGAGAUAAAGUGCAAUGCGUGGAAAAAAAAAAAGACGCUGUACAUUCCGUGGGGUGUUUAUUUACUAAUGUAUGUAUUCAUUUAUUCAUUCAUUCGCUCUGUCAUUCAUAUAUCUUCUGUUCUGUGUCGAGGAGGGAACAUAAUAUAGUUAGCCUUCAUAA